AUGUCCGGUCGGCAGGUAGAGGACUCUACCACAGACCCAAAGGGAAUCGAGACUAGCACUCAGCCUCCCUUGGCACGCGGGCCGAAGAAGAAGAAGCCCUAUCCUUUCUGGCUCGGCGGGUUGGCAGCAUGCUCAGCAGCAGUCAUCACCCAUCCGCUAGAUCUCACCAAAGUCCGCAUGCAGGUGUCAGGCGACAAGCACAUGAUCUCCUCCAUACGUAAGACGAUGCAGAUGGGCGGAGGGCUCCGUGGACUCUUCGACGGCCUCACGGGUACCAUCUUCCGCCAAGCGACGUACUCUGUCACCAGGUUCGGAGUGUACGAUAUCAUCAAGCGCGAGAUACAUGAUGGGCCUGAGCGGGAGAUGCCAAUGUGGAAACUUAUCUUCUCGGGGUGCAGUGCGGGUGCGAUCGCGGGGCUCGUUGGGAAUCCGGCGGAGAUCAUCCUCGUCCGUAUGCAAGCGGACAAAGCCAAGCCAGCCGAGCAACAGCUGCAUUACCGGAACGCGCUUCAAGGUCUAGGCCGUAUGAUACGAGACGAAGGCCUCUCGUCGACAUUCCGUGGCGUGGCGCCUAAUGUCGUCCGUACGAUCCUUAUGAACGGUUCCCAGCUGGCGGCGUACGACUGGUUCAAGCAGCAACUGCUCAGGCUGCCUUGGUUCGAGGACAACAUCGUCACGCACUUUUCGGCGAGUUUCUGUGCGGUGAGUGUCGUUCUAUUUCGAGAGGUUCGAGAGGUUGCGAGGGCCGUCUGCUCCCCCGCCGAUGUCAUCAAAUCCCGGAUAAUGUCCGCCUCCGGAAAGGGCGGGUCCGUAAUGUCCGCAAUCUCCAACAGCUUCAAGACCGAAGGCCCGAUGUGGAUGUUCAAAGGCUGGCUGCCAUCUUGGACCCGUCUCCAGCCGCAGACCAUACUCAUCUUUAUAUUCUUGGAACAGUUUAAGAAGGGUGUGGAUUGGUACAGAGGGGAUAAGUGA